GUCAUCAGAGCUCGAGCAGCCGCUCUGGAGAAGCUGCGCUGGGAAAGGGAGCCAGCUGUUCUCUAAUCGCUAAUGCUGUACUUUGAUGAAAUACGUCACACUGACGUCGCGUCUGUGCUGUCUCAAGUCAUGCAAAAAUUCGAACCAGCUUGAACUGCUUCCUGGCAGCCGCUGAUCGGCCUGCGCAGCACCGCAUGAAGUCGAAAACACUAUAUCUGUCAUGUUGGCAUUAUCAUGUGACCUUCGACGUCAUCAUGAACACAAAAAUCUUAAAGGAACCACCAGAUUAAAGGGAACCACAUUAACGGCAAAAUACACAUCAGGAAAGUUAACUGAAUUAACAGUAUUAACAGGCUGAGGUAAAUUCGUUACCGAUAGCUUGGCCUGCUAAGGCAUGAUGGAGAUCACAAAAAAGGUUUCAAAUGCUGACAACUGUUUUCUUGUUUAAACCUUAAACAAGUUAACAAUUUAUUCAGGUAUUGUUAAACAAGUCCUGUUUAACCAAGGUUUACUACUUAAAAAGAGCGGACACACACUCUUUCACCAUUUUUCUGAGCUCGUCCGUACCAGUCGCACAGCGUUAUGGGAUUUUUGACUCGCGUAGUGUCCAUCGGUUGCAUAUUUCAAAAUCUUGCUGGAAGCAGUACGCCAUCUGGGUAUUUCUCACCUACUGUUUCUCGCCUACUGAGAAUUCGGACAUACUACCCCUCUGGCGUACUCCCAGCUAAAAGACUGGAAUAAAGUUGGUUUGACGUUGGACGUUCGAUAUUCACGGAUAUGCGGAAAUUAAGGGACCGUCUCUAAAGUUACAUAAGACAUUUUUAUACACGUUUCUAAGUUCAAUAGCAUUUGAAGGAAAUGACUUACAGUCAUACAGUCAACUGUAAAGUGUUCAACUAGGUGUCCGGUAUGGCGCACACCUUUUAGAUUUUUGAUAUUUAUUAAAAUAAACUAUUAAAUCACAUUUAAAUUUGACAUGUAUUUCACUGCAGAAUGGCCCAUACACAAAAUAUACCAUGAUUUAAAGCUCAAUAGCAUUUGAAGGAAAUGAUGUAGUCACACAACCAACUGUAAAAUGUUCGUCUUAAGUGUCAGCUAUAAUUACAAUAGUUACAAAAGGUUGAGAACCUCUGCUCUAGAGUGUAUGGCAAGAACACAAACCUGUAUCUUUUAAAAAGAGACUUAGAACUGUAAGAAAAUGUUAACGUUCUGCAAAACCAGAACAUUAUACCAUUUAACAAAACCCAAAAGUUUGGACAAUUGAAUUACUUAAAUCAUGUUCUUUUUAAAAUCAGCAUAGGCUUGAUGAACAGUUGGAAGAUAUAGGCAGUGAGCAGAUGUAUUUGCUUUAGGAUAUUGUGACCUCAUUCUCUUCAAUGUCAUGGAGGAAGUGAAUGCUUGGGUGAGGUCACGUGUGUGUGUGUGUGUGUGUGUGUGUGUGUAUUAAAAAAAAAAAAAAAGAAGAAUUUAUAGAUGUCGCUGGUUCAUCAGUAGAACAGGGGUAAGUGGGUAGUGGUUACCAUUCUUAUGAAAGAAAAUAGAAUUUAAUUUUACUUUAAACAUGUCACAUGACCCAUAAUAACAAGGUACACAAUUCUAAUACUUGUAAUAUUAUUCUGAAUUGGACCAUCUGAAGGUGACCAUGAGGUUGUAACCCUGAGGUGAAGCGGCUGAAAUUGUACCUUACACAUUAUCAAGUCUGUUAUAUUAUGACAAGUGUCCUAACAAUGUUUUUGUAUUCUCUUUUAAAAUGAAAACAUUAAAUUAGUCACAUUCAUUGUCAGUGCAUUCAUUUUCUGUACCGCUUAUCCUUACUGGGUCACGGGGAACCUGGAGCCUAUCCUUGGGGGCAUGGGGAACAAGGCAAGGGACACCCUGGACAGGGGGCCAGUCCAUUGCAGGGCACAAUCGCACGCACACACACACACACACACACACACACAGGACACGCCCAUCAGCCUACAAUGCAUUUCUUUGGACCAGGGGAGGAAACCAGAGUACCCAGGGAGAACAUGCAAACUCUGCACACACAGGGCCACAGUGGGAAUCAAAACCUCAACCCACUGUGCCCCCCCCCCCCCCCCCCCCCUUCCUUCAUUGUAUUACCUAAAAAUAUUUAAGAAAUAAGUACCAAAAUCAUUUUUGUAAUGUUUAAAAAAGUAUGGAACAUACAGUAUUGUAGAUGAAGGAAUAAUUAGCAAGUACUGUAAAUCAAGGGAGUUACCCACAGUCAAUUUGUAUCACAACUGAUAGGUAUUUUUUAGAGGACAUCUAUUAGGACUCAAAAAUUCCUUUACCUUGAAUUUCAAUAAAGAGGGUUCUCCGUGUUCCUUUUGGAAGAGACCGACAGAUUCAAUUCAGGCUCCGUCAGAGCAGAGAAGUUGCUGUAGGUGUAGUGCUGAGGGUGACAUAUGACCUUUGCAAGAGUAGCUGGAUUUUCCGACAUUGCCUCCAGAACCCCCCAGGGUUUUCAAACCUUUUUUGAGGCUGUUGAGUUUUCAAGCACUUAGCAACUGUUCUAAAGCCAAAGUCAAGAGAAGAGUAUUUAUAUGAACAGCAUUACAAGUGAAAAUGAAAAACUAUUAAUCACAACAUGAAUAUUGUUAGGGAUUGCACACCUCUCAAAUGCAGACCAGCUGUGAAAAAGCCAGUACCAGUGCAGUGUCCAAGGCAAUCUUCCUGGCUGUUUGUUGGUCCUUGUUAACAGCAAACGUCCCAGCCAAAUUUAUGUAGGAUACUAUAUUAUUGUGGGCGUCAUAAUCCCCAGAAGCCAACUAUGAUGAGAAAGCAACAGAUUAUUAAGACAAUACUUAAAUAAUUUAAAAAAUGGAUUCGAAUUCGGAGUUCGAUGGAGUAGGACACGAAGUUGGAGGCUCCUCCUGAUUUCGAUUAAAAUUAUAAUUAAUUUGCGCUUUUCGGUCAUACAAUAGAUUUUGACUUAUUCUACUCUGUUUCCUUGUUUGCACUUUUAACUUUGUGGUACGUUAAAAUGUCUGGAAAGAACAUAAAAACCCAUGGUAGGAUUCACACAUGACUGAGGCCAAGUGUGCGCGCCGCGAGUGAGUCUCCUUCUUCCCCUGAAUCUGCGUCGCCGAGCGAUGACUCUGACUUCGCUGCACUCAGACUUGAGCUGCUGGCUUUACUGAGGAAGGACAUCGCCGAUAUUUUUGAAAAGGAGCUCCAGGAGACUUUCAGGGUUGCACUGUCUGCUGUUCAGCUUGACCUGCAGGCUGUGAAAACACAGCUGGCUAGUGAUAAAGUUGUUACCGAGACUACCAUAUCAACACUGAAAGGUACUGUUGGGGAAAUGGAGCACACUCUCUCCGGUUGCACCGAUGACAUAGCUCACAUGAAGACUACUAUCGAGUCUCUCACUGCGACCAUGACUCAAUUAGAGAAUAAAUGUGAGGAUUUGGAGUCGAGGUCACGGCUCAAUAACAUUAGGAAAGUGGGAGUCCAGAGGGCGCUGACACAUGUACAACUGCUGCUGUAGCGGCCUUGUUAAAAGAGACGUUUGGUCUGGAGAAGGAGCCGGUUUUGGACCGGUCCCACCGGACCCUUCAGCCGAAGCCCAAGUCUGGCGAACGACCACGAGCUAUUGUGUGCAGAUUCCACUAUCACAGUGACUGUGUUGACAUUUUACACCGUACGAGAGAGCUCCAGCGGAUUAAAGUGAGGGAUUUGACCAUCUUUAUUUCAGCAGAGGAAGCAGGAGACUAUGUUAAACUCUUGAUAUCAGGGUGAACUGUAUCACCUACACAGCGGCGUCUUUUUUGCUCUUCUUUUAUUUUUCAUUUUUUGCACUCGGCCUUCCACCUGUACAGUAUUCGGAUUUUUAUUGAAGAUUUCGUCGUUGCAUUACUUCACCUAGAUUUUGUGGACUCACUCCUCUUAAAUCUACUUCAGUAUUAAUGUGGUUCUCUGUUUUGAGGCUCUGACUGGGUUAGAGUUUCUGUUAAUUUAAUUAUUAGUGUUUUUUCCUCGGCUUUACGUGCUACACUGUUAUAUUAUUUCUUCCAAGUCUUUAAAAGUGUAGGACAUUAUAUUUGUUAUUGUGCGCAGACUGUUCAUCAGACUUGAAGUCAGUGGGGGCUUUUUCUCUUACUGGAACUUUUUGUCUUGGUAAUUUUCUUGAUUAGUUCAGCUUACUCUCCGAGUUGUUUUCACAUUGUGGACAACUUUUGGUUAUUGUGGGAAACACUGCUGUCUCUUUUUUUUUUUUUUAUGGAGACUUUGGGUGUGUGUGUGUUUGGGGGAUUGUGAGAGUAAACAAAACAUGCCAAUGCUUUGAAGGAUGUGAACUGGAACGGAGUAAUGUUAGUCAAUUGCGAAUCUGUUUUUAGAGGUUUUAAACCUAACAUGGUGAACAAAUUAUAUUAUAGAAUUCAGGCAGUUUUACUGGGGUUAUCUCAUACAGUGUGGCAAGUAAUAAUCUGGAAAGACCUUUGUAAUAUCACAGUCUAAAACUGGAUUUAAAGAGAAGCAAAUCAGUAAAUGAAUCACAUGUAAAUGAAUCACACGAAUAUGAAUCACACGAAAAUGAAUCACAUGAAAAUGAAUCACAUGAUUAUGAAUCACAUGAUUAUGAAUCACAUGUAAAUGUAUCAUAUGAAAAUGAAUAAAUAAAUUAAAAUGAAUAAAUGGCUUCAUACAAAACACCUACAAGAGAGCUUACUCCUUGCAAGUUGAUGCAAAGCAUUGGGUCUGUAACCUCUUCAACAGCAAUGACGGUAGACUAGGGCUGCACAAUUAAUCGAAUAUCGAUCGCAAUUACGAUUUUGACUGCCCACAAUUAAAUGAACAUGAUCGACUGCGAUAUUAACGUUUAAAUUUCAUCCUCCGCUAAUAGAAAACUCCACUGCAAAUCACAUCAAGCAAAUCACUUACAGCCAAUCACCAUAGAGUGGCGCAGGGAUGAUGUCAUUUUGUAGUGCCAAAAUCCCGAAAUUGAGUUAGCAUUUUAGCCCUCGAGCUGCUAGCUUUGCUUCGAGCUCCAGCGCUUUGUGUGAGGAGAAAUCAUGACAUUAACAUGAUACUAAAUGGCACUACAGAGGUUGUCGGGGCUAUUAAAUGUCACCGUGCCAAACGGGAAAAAAAUUUGCAGAUAAACUCAAGGCUCUAUAGUGCGACCAUUUCACUCACAUUUGUGACUGGAAAGUAUUUUGUGCGACUGUGAAUAAAUAUUUAUUCUCACCGGUGCGAGUGACCUGUUCGGAGUUGUAUAAUACAAUCAGGAUAAAAACUACAACUCCAAAAUGCAUCUACACCACGCAACAGUUACUUUCACACUGCUUUUCAUCUCCUCAGUCAACCGAACAAAUGUGGAAAUACUGCAAAGAAGCCAUUAUGAUGACAAGUAACUAUGUACAUCAUCUGAUUCAACUUCCUAAUUCACUUCAUUUAAACUCAUGGUUGCCAGAUAUCACUAGAAAAGUCAAAUCCAGUUUCCAUGUUUUGAUUUAAACCCUCCCAAAACACAAUAUUAUCAGCACACAUGGACACUGUACUGGGGGAAUAAAUCUAAAACUGAUAAACAAAAAUAAAAGUGCAAAAAUAUUUUUUUUAAAAUGUGCUUAGUUAUAAAUAAAUAAUUUAAUAUAAAAAAAUAGGUAUUAUAAUAACUUCAUUAAAUAUAAAUAAAAUGAGAAAUAAAAUAAUGUUUAAUUACUAUGGGUUGCAUUUAAUAUAAAUAUGACAUUGAGCUUAGUAAGCUAUUCCUUAGAAAGCUAUUAGCCUUUUUCCUAAUAUUGAUCAUUUUUGUGUUAGUCUACUUUUAAUUAGGACUCUCUAUUUUUUUAAGAUAUUUAAAAAUAAAUAUUUUAUGCUUGUUUAUUUAUCAAUUAACCAACAGUAUCUCAUUGCUAUUAUUUUAACUCAAUUAACAGUGACCAUGAGCAGAGAGUUUACAUUUAACUGUUUAUGACAGACCUCCUGAUUAAAGUUUAAAGUGUCUUUAAAAAAAAUAAAUGAAUUAAGCAAGACUGUUCAAAGUCAGCUGUUAUUUUUUAGGAUGUAAUCUAUAUUAUAAAACAGAUUUUAAUCAUUACAAGUGAAAUGUGUCAUGUUUUUGAUGUUAAAAUACAUUCUCCGAUCCCAGCUUAAUGUGAAAAGACAACUAUAAUUAAGCCUUUUGCCUGCUGAUUUCCACAAAAACUGCACACUCAGUGGUGUGUUCAACAUUGCUGUUUGCAAUACCCCAAAUAGAAUAAUUAGCUCAUCAAUAGCAUAGAGUUUGGUGUGACUACCUGUUUGACAGACAUGUGGACUGUUAUGGAAUUUGUUCUUUGCAAUUUCGUUUUGCCACCAGUGUUGCAGAAAUUAGAUACUUCAUAUUUAAUGUUUUUUUUUUUUUUUUUCCACAGUGGCUUCACAGAGUGAACAUAACUGAAAUAUUGAUGUCACUUCUAUUUAAUAUUUAAUAAUAAUUAAUAAUAAUUAAUAAUUAAUACUAAUUAAUAAUUUAAAAAUGAAAACAGAUAUGCAGUACAUGUAAUUACACUAUAGUUCAAAUUCAAGGUAAUUUACCUAAUUUGUUGUGUUCAGAAUCAGUAUCACUUGAUAGCACCACCUGUUGGCAACAGAAAGUGAGAUGUUUUACAUUCUGAUGCACUCCUACCAACAUAUUCAAAUAUGCCAGCAAGUGGUAAAUAUGCUAGCAACAUGCUAGAAACAUGUUUCACUAUGCUAGCAACACUUAACUAAGUGCUAAAGCAAGUUUUUAUAACGCAAACAUACAAUGUUAAAUCUGUACCAAACUUCACAUAUUUGAUACGAAUCUGGGUCUCAGACUAUCUACAUGCCAAUAUUGGGAUAAAUUCGCACCUUUAAUAUUUGUAUACCGUGUUGAUAUUUCUGUAAAGCUGCUUUGAGACAAUGUCUAUUCUAAAAAACGCUAUACAAAUAAAAUUGAAUUGAAUUGAAUUGAAUAUUCAGUUAUAGUCAUAGCGCCACCUACUGCCAACAGGAAGUGACAUGAGCUACACUAACUCAGACACUCAAUCUGUUCAAUCUGCACCAAACUUAACAUGUUUUGUACAAAAUCUGGGCUGAGGCUACAUACAUGCUAAUAUUCAGUUAUAGUCAUAACGCCACCUGCUGCCAACAUGGACUGGCAUGUUUUACACUAACUCAGACAUGUUCAAUCUUCACCAGACUUCACAUAUUUGAUACGAAUCCUGCCCUGAAGACAUCUACAUACCAAUAUUCAUUCAUCAUUAUACCGCCACCUGCUGGCAACAUGAAGUGACAUGUUAAACACUAAUGUAUUCCUAGAAACAUAUAAAAAUAUGGCAGCAAAUUCUAAACAUGCUAGCAACAUGCUAGAAACAUGUUAGAACAUGCUAGCAACACUUAGCUAAGUGCUAAAGCAUACUAUUACUGCUAUUAAACAAGAUGUUUUUAUAACUGAAGCAUACAAUGUUCAAUCUGCAUUAACUUAAUAUGUUUUAUACUAAUUCUAGCCUGAAGACAUCUACAUGCCAAUAUUCAGUUAUUAGUCAUAGCGCCCCCUACUGGAAACAGGAAAUUACAUGUUUUACAUCAUAGAACAUACAACACUCCUAACAAUAUAUAAAUGCUAAAAAGUGUUUUAAAAAAAAUGGAACAGAGUGCCCCUGGCAGAGCAGGCCCAACAUGCAUCCGGGUGCAAGGGCCCUUUCAUUAUUAUUAUUAUUAUUAUUAUUAUUAUUAUUAUUAUUAUUAUUAUUAUUAUUAUUAUAUUCGUUGCAUUUCAUGCAUUCGUGUCAUUUUAAGGGCCUAAACAUACGCGAAAACUCACGAAACUUGGCAGACGCAUCAGAAUCGGUGAAAAUUUAAGUUACGGCAUGGGCGUGGUCGAGGAGCUCCAUAGCAUCCCCGAAUGUAGGCAAUGGUCACGAUGACGUUGCUCCGAUGUGCACGAGAUUUACCAUAGUCAUUGAUCUCAUCAAGUGCGACAAAGUUCACAUGGUUGUAUCUGACUCCGCCCAACAGGAAGUCGGCCAUGUUGGAUGAAAUGUUGGAUUUUCAAAGUUUCCCGCGGUGUUUUGAGAGACUUAAGAUGGCUUAAAAUCCAUGAAACUUUACAUAUGCAUUUGUCUUACGACGUUAACUGAUGUGAUGUUGCAUUUUAUCAUAGUUGUGCCUCAUCGGCUCCAUUGCGCCCUCUAUGAUUUAAAUGCACAUUUGACACCUUUGGAAUGCUCAAAAACCUAGGAUACUUGGCACACUUAUUAAAGUAUGGCAAAAUGAUAUUUAUUUGGUCAUUUAACUUAAGUUAGCGCUAUGUUUCACCUACAUGUACGAAAUUCGGGAAACGUGUAAGAUACCAAUACGUACAAAAAGCUCUUUUGAACCCAUACCCUAAACUCAACAGGAGGUCAGCCAUUUUGAUUUUUCUCUUAAAUUUUUGCUCCUUUUUUUUGUCAUUUCCAGGCCUCGUACUUUAUAUACUCCUCUUAGAGCUUUCAUCAGAUCGGCAUCAUAUUUGGUCAGUCUCAUCUAAAGGCACUGACGAUGCUAAAUUGCGAAGCUUUUCAGUUCCGUUUCAAAGGGAACUUCGACGUUGCAUUAAGCAUAAUAGUAUGGGAGCGCCCUUGCACGCGUGGCCGGUAUCUGAAGCUUGUGCUUCUACUUAUAGCCCUGCCACGAUCAGGUGACGUGGCAAUUAAGCGCAUCACAUGAUAUAUGUAUAUAUGGCACCUGUGAGCCACGCUGCCAGCCUUAUUAUCUUCAGCGAGACUGCAUGUCUGUUGUUUGUGUGACAAAAAGAUGCUUCAUUUCUACUCUGUAUUUUCUCAAAAUUUCUAAACUUUUCUAUCCCUUUUUAAAAAAAAAGAAAAGAUAAAGAAAGAAUGAGCAAGAAAGAAUUCAGAAAGUGUGUUACGCCUUGCUCCCAUUUCAUCACGGGAGGAGAUGGACUUCACUUUCUUUGUGAAGUGUUUGGGCGUGCAGCAUGCAACGGCAGCCAUGGAGGGGUCUGUCUGUCAGCAUUGUGAACAUUUCACAAUUAGGCAGCUCCGCUCACAUCUCGCUCUCUUCUUGUCCAAAGGGAAUUGGGCUUCAGAGCCUCGCGGAUCUGUGCCGGCCACUGCCGCGGCAGCAAGCCAGCUCAGGUCCUGGGGAUCUCGUAUGGAUUUGGAACAGGACCCGGAGACGAGCGCUGCUCUAUCUCUUGCGCUGUCUUCCGGGUCCGGCUCUCCGCCUGACUUUGGAGCUCCCGUUGCAACUUCUCCUUCCUCUAUGGAAAGCCAAAACACCCUCACUGACUCUGAGGAUUCGGUAGAGGGUGCCAUUGCACCAAAAACCCGACAGCAAUAUAAAGAGCUGCUUGAGGUGAUUUGUUUUAAAUGCACAUUUGACACCUUUGGAAUGCUCGAAAAGUCAGGAUAUUUGGCACACUUAUUAAAGCGCCACCAACAAAAUUUCACCAAUGUGCGCCUCGCGCUACAUUUCACCUACAUGUAUGAAAUUCGGGAAUCAUGUGUAAGGUGCCAACACGUACAAAAAGAUAUCUUGAACCCAUACCAUAAACUCAACAGGAAGUCAGCCAUUUUGAUUUUUCUCUUAAAUUUUUGCUCCUUUUUUGCCAUUUCCAGGCCUCGUACUUUAACGUACUCCUCCUAGAGAUUUAAUCAGAUUGGCAUCAUAUUUGGUCAGUCUCAUCCAAAGACAUUGAUGAUGGUAAAUUGUGAAGCUUUUGAGUUUUUGCUGCACGAUGUGGGUGUGACGGACUCACAAAUUUCAAUGUUUCGCCAUGAAAAAGGAAGUUGUUAUAACUCAAACAUACAAUGUCCGAUUUGCUCCAAACUUCACAUGUUUGGUAAAAGUUCAGGCAAGAAGACAUCUUUAUGCCAAUAAUCAGUUGUAGUCAUAGCACCACCUACUGGCAACAUCCAUUUCCAGCCCACGUAUUUUAACAAACUCCUUCUAGAGAUUUCAUCUGAUCAACAUCAUAUUCAGUGUAAUCUAAAUGCGUUGGCUAUGACAAAUUGUGAAGUUUUUGUGUUUUCGUAGAAGGGCAUGUCCGUGGCGUCCUGAUAAUUUUCGAUAUGAAACAAAUCACAUUUUUUAGGCUUGAAAAUUAAUGCAACUUUGGACACACCUCAAAAGUGGCGAACAUUUACAUCUGAUACAGGUUUUUAGAAUUAAGUGUGGCAGAAUGGCUCGAUAGCGCCACCUACAAAAUUUCCAUGAUGUGUUUCCACUACAUUUCACCUACAUGUACGAAAUUCGGUACACAUGUAAUCUGCCAAAACGUACAGAAAAGUCUCUUAAAAUCAUGCCGUAAACUCAACAGAAAGUCAGCCAUUUUGAUUUAUCUCUAAAAAUUUUUGCCCAUAUCUUGCCAUUUCCAUGCCUUGUACUUUAAUGAACUCCUCCUAGAAAUUUCAUUGGAUUGACAACAUUUUAGGUCAGUCUCAUCUAAAGGCCUUGAUGAUGCUAAAUUGCAAAGCGUUUGAGUUUUCUCUGCAUGGCUUGGGCGUGGCGGUCUCACAAAUUUUGAUGUUUUGCCAUGAAAAGGGAAGUUGUUAUAAGUCAAACAUACAAUGUCUAACGUGCUCCAAACUUCAGAAGUUUGAUAAAAGUCCCACCCUGAAGACAUCUACAUGAAAAUGUUCAGUUAUAAACAUAGCGCCACCUGCUGGCAACAUGACCUGUCAUGUUUUACACUCAGACAUACAAUGUUCAAUCUGUACCAAACUUCCCAUGUUUUGUACACAACCUCGGCGUGAGGCUAUAUACAUGCCAAUAUUCAAUUAUAGUCAUAGUGCCAUAGGAUUCAUAUCAAACUUCACGUUUGAUAUGAAUCCUGGCCUGAGGACACCUACAUGCAAAUGCUGUUGUAAAUUUUGUCAUAGAGAAAAGAUAUUUAGUUCCUCAGAUUACUCUUCUCAUGUUGAUCACCAUGCAUGUCUUACAGUGAGACUCCACCCAUUACAGUAGUCACAUUUUGAAAUGUACAGUAUUCAGUUUUUUUGUUACUCCUCAAAGAAAUUUUGUCCAAUUCUUACCAAAAUUGGUUCAGAUGAUCAGUGGACAAAUCACUAAACAGAAUUUUGAUAUAUUUUGAUCAUAUCUGUUCAAAUGAUACAGUAUCUGUUAACCUUCUAACUAAUGCUUUUCUCUGCUCAUUCUCACCUUGGAUACUCUCCUCAGUAUCACACCAAAGCUGCAUUCUCUGUGAUAAACAACAAGCUUUAGUUCAAAAGACCCUAUGUUCGAUUCCCAUGGAAUGCAAGUUCUUUAAAGUGUCUUUAAUUGUUUGUCAUUUGGUUCCAUUUUUUUGUCGCUCAGCAUUGCAGUAAACAUUGAACCUCUUGCCAUGUAAAUAAAUGCCUCUGUUCUGUUAAUUUCCUGUUCAAUCUUAUUCUCAGAGGUGCUUCUGAACCUAUCUUUUAUUCAUUCAUGUACAUUCUAUUUCUCCUCUUCGUGCUCUUCAGGCUCCACAUUGCGCUUACUGUGGUGCUUAGCCCCUUUAACAGGUGCUUAGUUCCUUUGGUGCUUAGCCCCUUUAAUCACUGCUUGAAUCUAUAAUUAGGGUCCAAGCACCAAAGGAAGUGCGUAGGCACCUAUUGUAUCAGUUAGUUUUCUUCUUCUUAUUAUUAUUAUUCUCGACUGGGAGUCUAUGGCAGCCCUAUGAACCAUAAGUAGGAAAAUUAUGAAAUUAUCAGUGGACAGACCCGCACAAAAAUGAAUGAACAGAAUUUUGAUAUUCAUUUGUUCAAAAGAUAUGACCCAGUGUCUGUUAACAUUAUAACUAAGGCGUUUCUGUGCUCAUUCUCACCUUGGAAGCUUUCCUCGGCAUCAAAACAAAUGUGUAUUCUCUGUGUGGUGCACUUUAAUAAACGACAAGCUUCACUUCUAAAGAUUCUUGGUCCUUUCCUGGUGCCAGUUCUUAAAAAUGUCUGUAAUCUUGUCAUUUGUUUAAUUUAUUUUCCAUUAAAUGCUGCUUGCACCUUUAAUUUAAUGAUUCUAUUUGGUGAGCUGUUGCAUUGGCCUGAAUGUUUGAGAAGCCAAUGAUGCUCUGACUCCACCCCACUGAUGUUUACUGACAGCUUAGGACAGAAUGAAAUAAAACUCUCAUUAUGAAUUAAAAGCCUGAUUAUGAAAUGAAAACAGGGCAUUAUGAAAUUAUUUUAAAAAAGGCCAUUUUGACAUAAAGGAAAUUUGACGAUGUUUUUGGAAAAAUGAGUAUAGUGAAAUGUUUUUUUAAUAAUCAGUAAUAUUUAUUUUAUUAUUUUACAAUACAUUGAUUCAUAUUUAUUGCUUAAUUUACUCAUUUUAUUAUUUAUAUCAUGGGCAUUAUUAUUUUAUUUUAUUAUUUUUUUUACUAAAAUGGCAUUUCAUGUAAUCGGAUCGAUUAACUAUUCUCUAUAACCAAUAAGUAAGUCUAGUUUGGAAAACCACACCAGCUGGCUGUUGGGUGGGCCGCCUGCCAUUUUCCAUCCAGCAGCCAUCUCUCCACGAUCAUAUAACCGCUAUCAACCAGGGAGGGUGAAGGCUAAAAAGUGCUUCCCCUAAGACAAUUGAAGCUAGCCAACUGCAUCGUUUGAACUUCACAGAGCAGCAUAAGUGGGCUGGUAUCCUCAGCAUACAAGUUCACAGAUGGCCACAGGGAUUGAAUUUGUGAUCUCUGGAUGACAGGGUGAACACUUUUCUGUUGCAUCACUUGGGAGGGAAAAAAAGCAACCUUAAAUAAACAUACACUGAAUCUGUUAGUAGUUAUAUCAUACAUUUUCUGUCAAACUGUCAAUCAAAGUGUUGUGUGUGAUAAUUUAUGACCCUCUGUGCUUCCCUGACUGGCAGGUCUGUAGGGGUGGUCCACUGUAUCAGCUGGUCAAUCUGGCUCCUUUGUGUCUGGGGGUGUUGUGGAGAGGUGUGUGGGGGGAAUAGCCCCCCUCCCAACAAAAGGUGUUUAUGUUAAUGAGUUUGGUUUUUGGUGGGGUGAAAUACGUCUGAAAAGAAAUAAUGUUUUUAAUAUGGGGAUGUGUUUGUGUUACUUUGUGGCGUUAUUUCGUUUGUGUAAACACAUUGUUAGAAAAGCAUGAUGUUUGAAUGUGUACAUAUAUGAGUAGAAUAUUUGUUUUGUGAAAUAAGUGAAAACAAUUGUUGAUUAUGUUUUAGGGAUCCCGGUUUUCCUUUGAAUAAAAAGUUUAGGAGUUAAAGCGUCUUUAAAAAAAAAAAAAAAAAAAAAUCUGUUUAAAAUAAUCGUUUGUAUUGCAUACAUUCUAAACCCAAACCUUUAGGAUGUAAAAAUGAUUAACAGAGCUGUUUAAAAAGAAUCCAUAUUGCUAUGCUUCCCCCCCAAAAAAAACACAUAAAAACUUUAGGAGGUAAAAAUGGUUAAAAGAGCUAGAGGGCUAAUUUAUGGCCUCGUCCUUGUCAGGCCUGCGUUUCUCUAGGAGUGCUUAAUUUAUGGCCCUUUGUUUCUUCCUGACCAAAGAGUUUUUUUUAUAACCAGGGGGGUUCGUGGUGUGAUCCUACAGAUUGUUUAUGAUAAUGAGUGUCUGUGGGGGUGUUAAUGGCUUUACGACACACCCUACAAUAGGUAUGCUUUAUGUUUAAAAGUAGGGUCAGUUACGCAGAAGUCUCUAAGAUCUCGGCUGUGUAUCAGAGCGCUGUGUAAUUUUAGGCGAAUCGUCGAUUCUCGUUUUAACUCACCGCUAAAGCUUUAUAUAUUAUUUUGGAGAAUACUUCAAAGAGGAGAUGGCUGUCUGUCGUAACAGUAAGUGUUUUGUUUUAUUAUUAUUAUUAUUAUUAUUAUUAUUAUUACACAUUGUUAAGAAUGUUUUUAUUUAUAAACGAAUUUAUGGGUUUAUUGUGGUGGAUUAAACGGGUAUCUAAUGCUACAGGUGAUGCUGACAUUGUGUCUAUCCCGGACAUCGUAGACGAAAUCAAGUUUCUGAACAAGGCAAGCGGCACGUACGUUGUUAUUCUUUAUAAGUGUUCGAUCCUAUGUAUGACGUGUAUGUGUUUAAUGAUUUUACUUUAUUUUACACAAAGGGGCGAACACAGAAGUCCCGCGAGUCAGGUUGGAAAACCCCGUGUUGGGAUUGUCAAAUCUUGUAAACAAGAUCGCUGCACCCGAGUUCAAAAAUAAUGAACCGCGCGCUAUAGACUCUUGUUUGGACUGGAAUCAGGAGCUGUUUGAUUCGUGGGACGCCUGUGUAUUUACCCCGGUUCCUGGAGACGAUCUGCCUUCAAACCAAGAAGCAUUUGGUCGCGAGGCUACUGUUAUUAUAGACAAUAACAGAGACUCGGCGGAGGUGAUAUGAACCGGGUUCAAGGCCAUCGAGGAUCGUAUUGCUGGAUUUGAAAAGACUUUUGCUAGCGUCACCGAGCAUCUGGACGUUAUAGAGAAAAAUCAGCGUCUUUAUAAUCAAAGUGUUGUGGAAACAUUACAAAACCAUACCAUCACACAUAAACAAAUCAUAGCAACCCAGAAGCUUCUUGCUGGGGAGAUUCGUCGCGUUGAUCACAAACAACACCUGACGACGGAAUUGUUAAAACAGUUUGUACAGUUGGUUAAAAUCAAGAAACUCCGGUGAGUUGUACAAUAAGUAUUUUAUACCCCUCUGUGUGUGUGUGUGUGUGUGUGUGUGUGUGUGUGUGUGUGUGUGUGUGUGUGUGUGUGUGUGUUUAUUUAUUUGCUGGUUCGUAUCGGGUUUACUGUGUGUGAUUUUUUUUUUUUUUACUAGUUUUUGUUUCCAUUCAAAACAAAAUCUGUAAAAAUGUCAAAGCGGUGUGGUGAAAACUCGUGUAAUCUGGGAGCAGCAAUUAAAUUUAGAAGAUGCGACGACGAUGGUCUGUAUACUUUUGAACAGCGUGGCAAUACAGAGACAUUACAUGGUUUAAUUCGGACAGUGGAGGAUCUGAAUAGACAGCAGUCUACCACCAAUACUUUGUUGGACUUAUUAAACAGUGUUAGAUCAAUGGCUGAGGUUCAAACAGAACCACUGCCUAAAUCGUUGUUAGACAUCGGUUCAAAUUCGUUGUUAGACAGCGAUUCAAAUUCACAGCAGGUGGGGUGGUGGACAGACAGUCACUCGUUUAAUCCUUCGGAGCCAAAUUUUGGGUUAUCCGAAGCCGCUAUUGAGUCUAUCGUAAGAGAGGGUGGGUCCGUUGGUGGUUAUACGGUGGUACCGAGACGCAGAUUUAAUGGAUUGGAGAUACGGCAUCGUAUAAACAUGCGUGUGAUAACCGCUCCAGACCUGGCAGCGUACGCUAUAUUUCUGCAUGAUAUCAUGUCUGAAAUAGUGUCGUUUUCCAGACUGCUGGCCGGCGAUGGGGGCUUAAUCAACAUUACCUUGAGAGGCCCUAGUCUACCCUCUGACGUUAACGCUGUCUUGUCACCUGAUAACGUUUACGAUUUGCACAUAUUCACACAACAACUAGAGAACAUUAUGCAAAGUAAUUCUGACGUACGGGCUGAUGAAUGUCUAGAUCUGAACGUGUCUAUAGCUCUCGGUAAACACGGUGGUGCUUAUCGAAAGAUACGUGAUUUAGUUCAUAACGAGGUGAUUGUCAGAAACAGAAUGAAUCUGUUCUGUCCCAACAACAUAUCUAACAAUCUGUGUUUUGCGAUCUGUCUGUCACAUUUUCUACAACCGCAUUCGCCAUGUAGUGAACUUGAGUCGUUAGCCGCGUCUCUACAGAAAACUGCAGGGUAUUCGGUACAACAAAAGAUAGGGUUUAAUGACAUCACACGGUUUGAACGGUUGUUACAUGUUAAAAUAGUGGUGUUCCAUAGGACAUGUUCUGGUCUGUUGGAACACUUUACGAACAAUGACGAGCCUCAUAAUAAGACCGUGUUCUUGUAUCUACACAACGAACAUUAUUUCUUGAUUAAGAACCUAAAAGCAUUCAUUGGUACACCAUAUGUGUGCGAAUACUGCUAUCAUUGUUUUACUAGCCGUAGAGACCACAGGUGUAAAUACGUUUGCGAUGUAUGUAAUGCACCUGAUUGUCAUAAAUACGUUGGCAAAACGAGGCAAUGUCACGAUUGUUUGCGGUACUGCAGAUCAGCCUACUGCUAAAAAGCGCAUAAACAAACACAAACAGGACAACAGUACGCUCAGUGUGAUGUCACUAAACACUGUCAGAAAUGUAAUAGGCGAUAUCACGUCAACGGAGCAGCACCAAAAAACAUGUGUGCCCUGCAGAACACUGUAUCCAUUGUAAAGCCUAAUUGGUUAAUGACGGAGUACACCAAUGUUUCAUACAACCGAUAAAAAUGGAACCACCUAGACAAAUACAUUUAUUAUGAUUUUGAGACACAACACACGGACGGUAAACACGUAGUAAAUUUCGUAUGCGCCAUUACAUUUAAAGGGGAAGAGUUCACAGCCGCUGGUACAGACUGAAUAGAUCAACUUGUUAAAAGGUUUAGACAGCCUCAUUAUCAGAAUUACACAUGGGUUGCACACAACGCUUCAGGGUUUGACAAUUUUAUACUAUUGGAAUAUUUUGCAAAAGCAGGCCUAACACUCCAAAUUACUAUGCAAGGCUGUCGGAUCAUUUUAAUGUAUGAUAAGACAUUCAAGCAACGUUUCAUCGAUAGCUACUCUUUCAUCCCUAUGCGUCUGUCCAUGACAUCCGCCGCGUUAAAUCUAACCUGUGCUGAGAAAGGUCAUUUUCCACAUCUGUUCAAUAGAACAGAAAAUGAAGACUGCGUUGGCCCAUACCUUGAUAAGCAUUUCUACGGCUAUGAGACAAUGUCUGACAAAGAGAGGUUUGACUCUGUUUGAUGAGUGGUAUGUUACCGUGUCGGGUAAGGUUUUUGAUUUAAAAAAAUAGAGCUCGCCAUGUACGGCAAGAACGAUGUCGUUUUACUCCGUGAGGCAUCUAUGAAGUACCCUGACGAAUUCAUACAAUGUUCCAAACUCGACCCAUUCAGAUACACCACUUUAGCAGCGUGCUGCAUGGCCGUGUAUAAAACCCACUAUCUACCUAAAGACACACUAGCUCUGACCCAUAACAAUGCAUACACAAAUCAGAACAAGACAUAUUCAGCCGUUUCCAUUGAAUGGCUUGAAUUUGUCAAAACAACACGAGGCGUGAACAUUCAGCACUCUUUAAAUCAUGGAGAGAUGGUGAUUGGAAAAUAUCAUCUCGAUGGUUAUUAUGAAAAGGAUGGUGUCAAAUACGGUUUCGAAUUCAACGGAUGCAUGUUUCACGGACAUGAAUGUCGUUAUAACCCAAACCAUUUACAUCCGUUAUCAAAAGUGCCCUACGGUUUGCUCAGAAGACAGUUUGAUGAUAAGGUCGAAAUUUUGGAAGAGGCAUAUGGUCUCGAUAUUGAGGUGAUGUGGGAAUGUGAUUGGAAUAACGCUAAACAGAACGAUGUCGCUGUAAUGGCGUUUAUGUCCACUUACACACAUCCUGAAUGAUUGAAACCGCGCAACGCGCUAUUUGGUGGUCGUACUAACGCGUACAAAUUGUAUCACAAAGCCGACAAUAGUGAAAAAAUACGAUAUGUCGACUUUACAAGUUUGUGCCCCUUUUGCCAGGCCAAAAAAUGUUACCCCAUAGGACAUCCACAAAUAAUUUUCAAGGAUUUUGAACCUCUUGAAAAUUAUUAUGGGUUUGUCAAGGCUACAGUGCUACCACCACGAAAACUGCUUCACCCCGUCCUUCCCUAUAGGACCGGUGGUAAGCUUAUGUUUCCACUUUGUCGUACAUGCGCCGAACAUCACAAUCAGACAGACCCGUGUGGUCAUACUGAUGAGGCAAGAGAUAUUUCAGGGUGUUGGGUCAGCAUAGAGCUGUUGAAAGGUGUAGAAAAGGGUUAUAUUGUAACAAACGUGGACGAGGUGUGGCAUUUUCCACAACGGUCAGAAACUUUGUUUUGUGAUUAUGUUAAAACAUUUUUACAAUAUAAACAAGAGGCCAGUGGUUUCCCCGCACACGUUAUGACAGACGCAGACAAGUAAUCCUACAUCUCAGACUACUUUGAGAAAGAGGGGAUUAAGAUGGACGCCGGUAAGAUAAGUCGCAACCCAGCACGGCGUUCUAUGAACAAACUUCCGCUGAACUCACUUUGGGGUCGUUUCUCCAUGCGUGAAAACUUGCCGUGUACAGAGUUAAUUUUGGACCCGGAACAACUUACACAGAACAUAAUCGGUGACAGGUAUGAUGUUAAACACUUUUCCUACAUUUCAGACAGCGUGGCUCUAAUUCAGUGGUGUUAUGCGGAUGGGAAAGGGGGGCAGACUCGCGACAUCAACAUCUUUCUUGGGGCUUUCACAAGAGCUCAUGCCCGUCUAGAACUUUACGAAUUAAUGGACAAAUUGGGUGACAGGCUGUUGUACAGUGACACAGACAGUGUGAUCUUCACAUCUAGAGAGGGUGACUGGGAACCUCCGUUGGGCCCCUAUCUCGGUAAUUUAACUGACGAGGUUGGAGCUCAUGAUCAUAUUGUAGAAUUUUGUUCAGGCGGACCAAAAACAUAUGGCUACCGCAUUGCGAAGGGUAAGGUAUGCAUGAAAGCCAAAGGUGUCACGCUCAAUGCAGUAAAUUCAAAAGCCAUUAGAUUAGACACCCUGAUUGGACUUGUCGAUCACUACGUCGUGGGGGAGGAUAAUAGUCGUCAUGUACUGGCAUACACAGAUACCAUUGUACGUAAUAAAAAACAAUUCACACUACACAACAGGUCAGUUGUUAAAAAGUUUAAGGUUGUGUACAACAAACGCGUACUGCUCCCAGAUUUCACAACGAUCCCAUAUGGCUUCUGACAAUCUUUUUGGACAUAGGAGAGAGAGAUAGUUUGUAUAUAUUGUAACCGUAGUUUUGACAGGUAUAGGUCAAAGGUCAAAAAGAUACACAUUCUAACUCUCUAUAUCUAGAUCAAAGGUCAUGAUCAUAAAAAUAUGAAUAGUUAUGUUAAAUCUGGAUCACAUCCAUUCGUGACCAUACAUGGUGCGGCCAUGUGUGUUUUUCCGCCCCACACACGUUGCACACAUGGUCCUUCUUUUCACAUAGAAUAUGAAACUCUCUGUGGUAGGUCAUAAAAAUAUAUAUAGUUAUGUUAAAUCUGGUUCACAUCCAAAUCGUGACCAUACCUGGUACGGCCAUGUGUCCCCCCCACCCCCCCCACACACACACACACAAGUUGCACACUCAUGUUUUUUCUAACACUCUGUGGUAGGUCAUAAGAAUAUAUAUAGUUAUGUUAAAUCUGGUUCACAUCCAAAUCGUGACCAUACCUGGUACGGCCAUGUGUCCCCCCCCCCCACCCCACCCCCCCCCCACACACACACACAAGUUGCACACUCAUGUUUUUUCUAACACUCUGUGGUAGGUCAUAAAAAUAUGUAUAGUAGAUAUUAAAUCUGGUUCACAUCCAUUCGUGACAGAAACGUUACCAUACAUGGUACGGCCAUGUGUAUUACACAUCCAAACAAAAAUAUGACGCACACAAACGCACUUUAUUUUCACAUUAUUUAAAAGGAAUUUAAGUGUUAUGUACUAAAUUACCAUAAUUAUGAGCACAAGUUGUUAAGUUGACAAUCAUUUUUAAAUUUAUGUUUCUCCAUUUAGAUUGUCUGCAGUAGAAUGCAGUCUUUUAAUCCAGGAAAAAUGACUGCCUUUAAGUUUUAUAACAAUAGUAAGUAAAAUCCAGCGUGAUUUACAUUACAAAUCUCAUACGUAACAUCUCUGCAGGAUUUAUAGACGUUAAAGCACUGAAUGAAAUGAACAAUAUAGACAAAAAAUAAACACUCUGUGUCUACUACUUUUAUCUCUCAUAGAACUAUCCACAGUCCAAAGGCUGUGGAGCUAGAAGGCUACGUGUGCGAAUGACAAAAGAUUUUAAAAAAUAAAAUAAAAAAUGUAUCAAUACAUGAAAUUAGAUUACACAAUGUAGUUGAGGUUUACAUGAAUAAGCAGAAAUGUAAUCAUGCUUAUCUUUCCUAUAGCACAAUUGAAAAGCCCUCUCUAGAUGAACAGAUUUGUCAAAUGAAACUUUUUCCUUCUUAUCCACUGCUACGGUAAACUAAAGAGUGGAUAUUCAAAUUACACUGCUAAAUAUGACUAGCAUUAGCUACGUGUAGUAGUGCAAAAUAGUACAUCAAAUGUAUUAGCAGGUGUAGCCUAUACACGAAUCCACUAUUGGUCAUAUCACAACUGAGAACAUGCCCCAAAUUCAUUGCUUUAGUAGAAUUUAAUGGUAAGUGAAAUGAUAAUCACAUUGUAAUGUCCUUAGUAUUUGUUCAGUCUACAGGUCCUCUAACACUCUGUUAAAUGAAUAAAUGUAAAUGUACUACAACGUAAAUUUUGUUUUAAAUCAAUUAACGCAGAAAUUACACACAAUAUUAAGUUGAUGUAAUUAUCAACAUUAUUAUGUCAACACCACUCAUCAAAAUAAUGUGUACAACUUUAAAUAUUUAAUUAAUUCAAUAAAUUAGAUUUUUAUUAUUUAUUUAUUUUUAAUUUUUAUCUUGCAACCCCACAUUAAAUUUAGAUUGUGGGGGUUUGUUUUGUAUAGCUCCGCUGUUAGAAAAUACAUGAUGGUUGAAUGUGAACAUAAAUGAGCAGAAUGUAAGCUUGUGAAAUAAAUUAAACUUUAUUGAUUGCACUUUUUGAGAAAAUGGCAUGACUUUGAAUAAAAAUUUACUGAAAUAAAUACUCUAAAACAUUGAUAUACCCAAAGAAAUGUAAAAAAGAAAAAAAUAAUAAAAAAAAAACUUUUUACAUACCUUCUAAAUAGGUCCCUUUAGGAGGUAAACGUUUUAAAGACGGUGUUUUAUAAGAAACGCGCGUAUUACAUGCCUUCUAAACCUAACCCUUUAGGAUGUAAAAUGUUUAAAGUGCUGCUUAAAAGAAUCGAGAGUUUUGUUUAAACUAGAAGACACAUUUUCCGGGGAAUGUCUUGUAGGCCUAUACACAGUGUCCUACACAUCUGAAGUGUGUGUGUAUGUGGGUGUGGGGGGGUGUGCGUGCGUGUGUGUGGGUGUGUUAGAGAGAGAGAGAGAGAGAGAGAGAGUCGAGUGUUUCCUGGGGGUUUGCUGACCAGACUGCUUACAGUGUGUUUAUGUUAAUGAAUUAAGGUACGAGUCGUGUGUUUUAGGGUUUAACGAUCCCUACCAAUGUGUACAUUUGUGGUUUAAGUGAAUCUUUGUUUCUGAAAUUACUUCUGUGGUAAUUAUCAGUUUGUGUAACUAAUCUAUCAGAAAAUACUAGACCUGGUGACUGAAUGUGGUAGAUGUAUUAGAAUUUUGGACAUGUUAUGCAUGUGUAGCUCCCUAUGUGUAUGAUCUAUGUGUAAUCCUUCUGUCAAGAAAUGAGCAGACUGAGGUUUGUGAAAUAAUUGAACUAUUUAUUGGCUACGUUGUUGAGAAAAACACUGUGAUGUGUAAAACAUUUCUACAGUCCUUCAAGGCUGUAUGAUGUCGUUGUUCUCUUUUACUGAAAGAAAGGUCAAAACCAUCGGUGUUAUUCGUUGUGAAGACUGAAGUGACAAUAUGUCUGAAGAAAAUGAAAAUAUGUAUUACAUAUCCUACCUGCUAACCAGGUUAUUUUAAGGGUGAAAAAACCUUUUUUAAAGACGGUGUUUUAAAAGAGUCGUGCAUUUUGUUUAAACUAUAAACAAGAUUUCAGAAAAUGGUACGCCAACGAGGAUACUUACACAGAACUAUCGCUAAAUACAUAAGCUUUUGUCUAUGCUUUGACAUCCCAUGUCCCAGCAGUACAUUUAUGACCUCUGAUGACCAUGUGGGUGUGCGGGGGGUGGGUGUGAGAGAGAGAGAGACACACAGGUGUUCUUUCGGGGGUUUUGCUGACCAGAAUUCUUACAAAUGUGUUUGUUAACGAAUUAAAGGGAGUCGUGUGUCUCAGUGUUUAAAAUAAUGGUUAAGACGUCGUAGUUAAAACACAGAAGAAACUCUGCAACUAUCUGUUACAAUGUCUGCUCCGAGAAAUCCUAAUACCCUUAGAAGAUUGCUGUGUAUUCACCAACAAGAGGACCUGUUGAAAUGAGAGAGGACCUGACUUUUGCUCCAAAUUUUUUUUUUUUUUUUUUUUUUUUUUUUUUUUUUUUUUUAAAAAAACCCAAGAGAUUAGUUUGACAAUUUAUUAAUGAAGGUAAUGUAAAGACGUUGUUGUUUAACCCUGAGCAGGGCGUCAACAGCUCCAAAGAUCGUGUCUUAAGUCCGAGGGUUUAGUUAGGAGGUAGAAAAACAUUUAAAGAUGAUGUUUUAAAAGAAACAAGUGUUUCAUCCUUAAUGGUAAAAAAGAAAAAUGGUUGUACUCCAAUAUGAAAUAAAACGGUGGAGACACACUGAGUACACUUCUGUUCCACAGUCUAUAAGGAUCCCCAAACUUCAUGUAGUGUGGAAAAAUAUAUACACCCUCCGUGACUACGUUACUUAAGGUUUAAACAUUUUUAUUUUGCGAUGGCAGCAAGACAAAACGGUUGUGCAUUUGGUAUGUGGUGAUUUUAGAAUUAGGCCCCAAAUGUCAAAUAUGUUUUGUGUAUGGCUUCGUCAGGCAAAGAUCACGAUGGUAUGGAAAGAGUAUACAAGAGUAAUUGGGGUGAUCUAAUGCUUAGGACUUGUACAGUACUUCAGCUCGGGAACGUCCCACCAUGGCGUUCAGAGAGGCGUUAUCUAUGGUACACGUAUAUAUAAUAUAGAUCAGAUCACCAGUCUGUCUUUACCCACUCCUGAUCUGGGGGUGGGUGGGAUGGGGAUAACAGUUCAGGCAUAUUUCCAACAGAACAGAAUAUUAGACAUUUAGUGUAAACUAGUGAAAAAAAAAAAAAAAUCUCUGAAACAUUUCAGUGAAAAUAGUGGUCCAUAUUUAAUGCAUUAUAUUAGAAAUGAUAGUACAGUCUUUGUUGAUCAGUUACCAACUCAUACUUUAUAAUAAUUUGUUUAGGAGCAUCUGAAUCUGGCAAAUAACUUUUAUUGCAUUUAGGCAUACAAUAAAAGUUAAUAAAAAAAUUAGGAAGAAAUGACUUGUGCACUACUGCUGCGGAUAUUAAGUCAAACCAUUUUGUUCAAACUUCAGCAUGACCCAUAGAGAAGCAGAAACCUAUGGCACCUUAUGAAUACCAUGUGAAGGAUUACGUUGACUCGUCCCUUACAGUUACAAAGACAUGUCCCUGUGCAGGAUCACCUUCGCACCAGCAUCGGACCCCUCUUAUCCCAUUUCAACGUAUAAGAAAAGGCAAAAUGUAAUAUAAGAUGUAUUAGAAUAUAUUUAUAAAAUAUAACUCAUUAUGAGGAAGAAACAUAAAAUAUUAUUUAACAAGGUCUGCCGUUCAGCCCUCUUAACUGUAAGAGCAUCAUCAGUAUUGUACGGCAGUUGGGGAACAGUAGUUAGCUUUCAGAUGUCAGAUAUAAAACAACUUUUUGAGUCACAGUGCCAAACUACUGGUAUUAUAUUCGGAUCCUUCUUUUUCAGCAUGAAGGACCGGCAUUUAUUUAAUAGACAGAUGGUACAGCCAUAUACUUGGUCAGAGGAUUUAGGAAUUUCUUUGAGAAAGGUUCAUUGUUUUUGUUCUUUUAUCAUAGCUUCAGUUUGUAUACUUACUUUGGUUAGUGACUUAAACUGUUUUAUUAGGUAUGGACAGAUUUCUUUAACAGGGAACGAUGAUAGGUGAAGAUUAAGUUGGUAUGCGUGUACAAAAUAAAACUGUCUAUAUGUAUAUUUGUCUGCUAUGUAUCUGUUUAAACACUGCUGUAAUGGCGAUAUAAAGAGAGAGAUACCCAUUUACUAAUUCAUAGAACCCCUUUCCACCUUUUCAAGUUCGUUAUACAUUUUUCUUUUCAAGCAUCGUGUUCAGACAUUGCAAAUCAUCAGUCUGAAGGUUAAGGGUUACUUAGAUUUUUGCUUCUUCAGCAUCAAAAAAAAAAAGUCUAAACAUUAAUCUUAUUAUUAAACUCAGAAACAAUAUAACUGUCUGGUUGUGAUCAUAAUAAAAGGCAACGUGAAAGGUGACUUAAUUCCCAAUGAGAUUUCUCUAUGUUCUCUAUGACCUUUCUACAGUAUAUGUCAUUAAGUCCUAGUGUCCAGCCAUCAUUACAGCACGGGAGAGGAAAUCUCGUUCAUCAGAUGUGCGAUGUAAGUCUAGACAAUCUGAUAACAAACUACACACACAACAUUUAUGUUGAGAAAAUUCAGAUUGAUCUUUGUUCCCAAAUAACAUUGGAUCAGAUCCAUAGUUUACAGCAUCUGUCCCACACGUAUUUAAUCUGUAUUACGAGUACUGAACAAGUUAGAGGAGGAGAAAAUGUAGAUUUACUGUUCAUUGGAACUUUAUUGUUUAUUUAGAUCUGUCUUGAUUCAUUUUCAUAUUCAU